AUUGAUUAAUUGGUGUGCGAGCGAGAUGGCGGCGGCGGCGGCGAUAGCGCAGUGGCUGUCUGAUAUGGCCGGGUUGGUGAUGAGGUGCUGUAACCCUAUCCCUAGCUACACCAACGAGGACGGCCCCAAAAACCCGGAAGCUCUUACCACCCAAACCAUAUUUACCGUCAACGAGAUUGAAGCCUUAUAUGAGCUUUUCAAAAGGAUUGAUGGUGCCAUCAUCGAAUAUGGCAAGAUCAACAAGGAAGAGUUCAACUUGAGAGUAUUUGGUCCUGAAAAGGGAGGCACCAUGUUUACUGAUCAGGUAUUUGAUUUAUUUGAUUUGAAGCUUGAACAAGCUCUCGGAUUUGAAGAGUUUGCAGUAGCUUUAUCCAUCUUCCAUCCUGACACUCCCAUGGAGGACAAGAUCGAUUUUUCUUUCCAGUUGUACGAUAUCAAGAAUCAAGGUUUUAUUGAAAGAGCAGAGCUAAAGCAAAUGAUGGUUGCCACACUGGCUGAAUCAGAUCUGAACCUUACAGACCAGGUCAUAGAAACCAUCAUUGACAAGACAUUUGAGGAGGCAGAUACGAACAAAGAUGGGAAAAUUGAUUUCGAGGAGUGGCAAGCACUUGUCAACGCCCAUCCAUGUUUACUGAAGAACAUGACUCUGGCCUACCUCGGAGAUAUCACCAUGACAUUUCCUGAGUUUGUCUUCCACUCUCAAGUGAAGGACUAAUCCUGACAGUCCAGCUGGUCAAGUAAGCAAUGCUCCGAAGGGAUCGUAUUGUCGUCGUGUUACUCUUCUUAGCCUUUACUCUUUUGUAAUGAUACUUCAGCACAAGUGUACAACAACAGGGAUCAUCUCUUGGAUGUUCAUCCCUCUCCUCCCUAGCUUAGUUUUAGCUAGAUAAGUUAAUUUGUGGCCUUACCAACCUGACAUGAUCGAAAAAUAGAAGCAGCAAGUGGCAGCAGUUGUA